AUGGGCGACAACAGGUGCAUGCAGAGAGUGCUCACGGGCGCGGCGUUAGGCGGGGCCGUCGGUGGAGCCGUCGGGGCGAGUUACGGGACCUACGAGGCGUUCGCGUACAAGGUAUGUGUUGUGUUUUUCUCUCUUUGCUUUUCCCCAAACAACUACUUUAAAGCGCUGAUGAUGACGAAGAUGAUGCUUUGUACCGUUAUUACUACUGACGAACCUCUUUUGUUGCAGAUACCAGGAAUGCUGAAAGUUCGGCACAUCGGUCGGACGACGUUAGGGAGCGCGGGUUUGUUUUCGUUAUUUUUAGGCGCUGGGAGUUUGUUGCAUUGCGGCAGGCGGAAUUGA